ACAAACACAGUUCCUCAGUUAAGCAAAGCCAGCAUGUAACCCUGGCUGACUGUGUAGUUCCACCUUAAAUCAAGAAUAGGGCGGACUCAUCAGUAAAGGAAAAAUGCUUCCUUAAACCGAAGCUGUCCCUAAACCGCCAGUUAUCCCUCCCUUACUCCGCCCACGGGUUGGGUUGUGUCUGGAUUAGUUUGAGGUGAAGCCGUAGCUGUUGUUACCCGUUGGGUGAGUAGCCGGUUCUGUGCCUCUCAAAAAGCCCAAACGAGCUGUUGGCACUCAGCCACGCAACAGGCACCCUGGUAUCAAAACCGCUUCAUAGGGUGCGCCCACACCGCUCCGGGGCUGUUACGUGCCUGUUGUCUGUUUCCAGUCUUUUUACCCACUCCACAACAAACCGUGGCUCCUGCUAGGGUUGUACCUAGUAACAUGUGUACCUUGAUUACUCUGGGUGCUCCGACACACUGGCAGGAGAGAUCUGGAAGGAAAUCGGUGUAAUAUGUGACAACAUUUAUGAGGGUGGAUUGGAAAGGUACAACACAGCAUUCAGAUUAAAAUAAAGAAACUGAAGGACAAAAGCCAACUGCAGAAGAGUAUUUACAGAAGAGAAGAGAAAAAGUGUUUAAAGAAGUUAUAUAGAUAUUUUUGUGCUUUUUGAGCUUUAUCCCAAAAUGGCAAAUAACUCCACAGACCAUCAUUCUGCUAACAUUGUAAAUGAAGGCAGCUAUGAAGGAGAUUUUGGCUGCACAAUAAUGGACUUACGGGAGCUUAUGGAAUUACGCAGUGCAGAGGCAGUCAACCGUAUCAGGGAUACUUAUGGAGGGGUUCACAACAUCUGCCGCAGGCUAAAGACUUCACCUGUAGAAGGUUUGUCAGGUAACCCCUCAGACCUCGAGAGGAGGAGACAAAUAUUUGGUAAAAACUUCAUCCCUCCAAAAAAAGCCAAAACUUUCUUGCAGCUGGUGUGGGAAGCACUGCAGGACGUUACCUUAAUUAUCCUGGAAAUAGCAGCCAUAAUAUCUCUGGGUCUUUCUUUCUACCACCCACCAGGAGGAGAUAAUGAAUUAUGUGGGGAAGCUGCUGCAGGAGUGGAGGAUGAAGGUGAGGCUCAAGCUGGAUGGAUUGAAGGGGCAGCCAUCUUAUUCUCGGUCAUCAUAGUUGUGCUUGUUACCGCCUUCAAUGACUGGAGCAAAGAGAAGCAAUUUCGAGGCCUACAGAGCCGAAUUGAGCAGGAGCAGAAAUUCACUGUUAUCCGCAAAGGACAGGUUAUCCAAAUCCCUGUAGCAGAGCUAGUAGUCGGUGAUAUUGCACAAAUAAAAUAUGGUGACCUCCUUCCUGCUGAUGGGAUAUUGAUUCAAGGCAAUGACUUAAAAAUUGAUGAAAGCUCUCUAACUGGGGAGAGCGAUCAGGUGAAAAAAUCAUUAGAGAAAGACCCCAUGCUUUUGUCAGGAACACACGUAAUGGAAGGGUCUGGACGUAUGGUAGUCACAGCAGUAGGUGUCAACUCUCAAACUGGCAUAAUAUUCACUUUGCUAGGUGCAAAUGAGGGAGGUGAAGAGGAAAAAAAAUCCAAAAAAGGUAAAAAACCAGGACCCUCAGAAAAUCGCAACAAAGCCAAAGCUCAAGAUGGUGUUGCAUUAGAGAUCCAACCACUGAAAAGUGAAGAGGGCGUAGAGUGUGAAGAGAAAGAGAAAAAGGUUGUGAAAGUGCCAAAGAAAGAAAAGUCUGUCCUUCAGGGGAAGCUAACUCGGCUGGCAGUGCAAAUUGGAAAAGCAGGUCUCAUUAUGUCAGCCAUCACAGUGAUCAUUUUGGUGCUCUAUUUUGUCAUUUAUACAUUUGGAGUGUUAGGUCGCCCAUGGUUGGCAGAAUGCACUCCCAUCUACAUCCAGUACUUUGUCAAAUUUUUCAUUAUUGGUGUCACUGUGUUGGUGGUGGCUGUCCCUGAGGGGCUGCCUCUCGCUGUAACAAUAUCUUUGGCCUACUCUGUAAAGAAAAUGAUGAAAGACAAUAAUCUUGUACGUCACUUGGAUGCCUGUGAAACUAUGGGCAAUGCAACAGCCAUAUGCUCUGAUAAAACUGGAACGCUCACUAUGAACCGAAUGACUGUAGUACAGGCAUUUGUUGGUGGUACUCAUUAUAGGCAGAUUCCUGAUCCGGAGGCACUGAACACAAAAAUUCUUGAUCUUAUAGUAAAUGGGAUUUCAGUCAACUCAGCAUACACCUCCAAGAUCCUGCCCCCUGAAAAGGAGGGAGGUCUCCCCAGGCAGGUGGGUAACAAGACAGAAUGUGCGCUACUGGGAUUUGUUUUGGACCUGAAGCAAGAUUAUCAGACAGUGCGAAACGAAAUUCCUGAAGAGAACCUCUACAAAGUUUAUACGUUCAAUUCUGUGCGAAAAUCUAUGAGCACAGUGUUGUGUGACUCUUCUGGAAAAUUCCGCAUGUACAGCAAAGGGGCCUCUGAAAUCAUCUUGCGCAAAUGCACCCGAAUCCUGGACCAAGGAGGAGAUGUGUGCCCCUUUAAAGCAAAGGACCGGGAUGAGAUGGUAAAGAAAGUAAUUGAACCUAUGGCAUGCGAUGGCUUGCGCACAAUCUGCCUAGCAUAUCGUGACUUCCCUUCAGAUAGUGAGCCUAAUUGGGAUAAUGAGGGCGACAUCCUCUCUGACCUUAUUUGCAUUGCUGUAGUAGGAAUAGAAGAUCCUGUUCGACCAGAGGUGCCUGAAGCAAUUCAAAAGUGCCAGCGUGCAGGUAUCACAGUGCGCAUGGUUACUGGGGACAAUAUAAACACAGCUCGAGCAAUAGCUACCAAGUGUGGUAUCCUGCAGCCAGGAGAAGACUUCUUGUGCUUGGAGGGAAAAGAAUUCAACACACUGAUCCGAAAUGAAAAGGGAGAGGUAGAACAGGAUAAAUUGGACAAGGUUUGGCCGAGACUUCGUGUUUUGGCCCGGUCAUCACCUACAGAUAAACAUACUCUGGUAAAAGGCAUCAUUGACAGCACAGUGGCAGAGCGAAGACAGGUGGUGGCUGUGACUGGAGAUGGAACAAACGAUGGACCUGCCCUGAAGAAAGCAGAUGUGGGAUUUGCAAUGGGCAUAGCUGGCACAGAUGUUGCAAAGGAGGCUUCUGAUAUUAUCUUGACAGACGACAAUUUCACCAGCAUUGUAAAGGCUGUAAUGUGGGGCCGCAAUGUAUACGACAGUAUUUCGAAGUUCCUGCAGUUCCAGCUCACCGUAAAUGUUGUGGCAGUAAUUGUGGCAUUUACAGGAGCCUGCAUAACUCAGGAUUCACCACUGAAAGCUGUGCAGAUGCUGUGGGUCAACCUUAUCAUGGAUACAUUUGCAUCUUUAGCUUUGGCGACUGAGCCUCCUACUGAUUCGCUUCUUCUACGCAAACCAUAUGGGCGCAACAAACCCCUGAUCUCACGUACAAUGAUGAAAAACAUAUUGGGACAUGCUGUUUAUCAGCUUACCAUCAUAUUUACAUUGCUUUUUGCAGGUGAGAAGUUUUUUGACAUUGACAGUGGGAGAAAUGUACCCCUGCAUUCUCCACCUUCUGAACAUUAUACAAUUGUCUUCAACACCUUUGUGAUGAUGCAGCUUUUUAAUGAGAUCAAUGCCCGCAAGAUCCACGGUGAACGUAAUGUCUUUGAGAACAUCUUCCGGAACCCCAUCUUUUGUGCAGUUGUGCUGGGCACUUUUGGAGCUCAGAUAAUAAUUGUGGAGUUUGGAGGAAAGCCAUUCAGUUGCUCUGGCCUUACUUUGUCACAGUGGUUCUGGUGUAUCUUCAUUGGGGUUGGAGAGCUGUUGUGGGGACAGAUGAUUUGCACAAUACCCACCAGCCGACUCAAGUUCCUAAAAGAGGCUGGCCAUGGGCCACUGAAGGAGGACAUUCAGCAGGAGGAACUUACAGAGGAUGUAGAUGAGAUUGACCAUGCAGAAAUGGAGCUUAGGAGAGGCCAGAUUUUGUGGUUCAGAGGCCUAAACCGAAUACAGACUCAGAUGGACGUAGUUUAUACAUUCCAGACGGGAGGUACCUCUUUACAAGGGGCUCUGAGGCGCCAGCCUUCCACCAUUAGCCAGCACCUUGAUGCUAAACAUGCCUCUAGCCCAACACACGUAGCUCUGUCCUCUACUACCUCUCCCCCAGCCACUUCUGCUGCUGCUGCUUCUGUGGGCAAUUAAAGUUGUGAAUGCGUUCCGAAGCUCUCUCUACGAGGGGCUAGAGAAGCCACAGAUCCGCAGUGCCAUCCAUAGCUUCAUGACCCACCCAGAGUUCACUCCACGGGAGGCAGGACCUGCCCCCCAAUUCGAAGACAGCGACAGCGAGGGUGAGGAAUCUAAGGGUCUCUCAAAGGCGCAUAAAGAUCAAACCCAUAAUCACAACAACAAUUCUUCUGUUGACCCACAUGCAUUGGAUAUCACAGUGUCUCUAUCUGAUAGCCCAUUGCAUAGCAUGGAAACCUCCAUCUGACGCCAGUGUUAAAUGAAACUCCUGAAGAUGGGCAUCUGGACAUGGUCACCUUUUCUUCUGCAGCUGUCCUGGUUUUUUCCUGCCCCAUCCCAUCUUACUACUACAGUCACCACUUCAUACAACAAAAUGUUCCUAAAUUCUACUUUUUCAAACACUAACAAAAACCGUCUGACAAAAAAACUCUUACAAAUUAACUACAGAAUAAUGCAAAUUAUCCAUAAAGCCAUACGCACAUAGUUUCCAUAAUCUACACUUUUUAGACCCAUAGAUUCUAUUAUGGUAUCUUCCUAUAUUUUGUAUUUGUCCAUAUACCUAUUAACACAAUUCUGUGUGUAGCAAUACAAUAGGAUAAAAGUUUAGCGCCACAGAUAAUGGUCAUCCAAAGAUCAAAUCUCAGUCUGUACAGCCAUAAGUGGAGUAGAGCUGUUCAUUUAUUAAAAGCAUGAACAAAGUCUCUGCCAAUAGUAACACUACAAGUUAAAUACACAGCCAUAAAUGCAUUUAGAAAAAUAAAUCGCAUUUCUCACUUAUGUCUUAAUCAUGCAUUUACAUGCUGCAUAUAUUAACGCAAAAUAUGUUCCUUUCUGCGCUACAUAAAUAUUUGAUCAUAUAGUAAGGUUUUUAUCAUAUGCACAGAUACUUCUUAUUAUGGUAAAAAAAAUGCAGGGCAUAUUUUGUCUGUCCCUUUAACCUACUGUUCCCUUGUCUUCUGUGUUGGCAUGUUUAAAAACACAAUUUCCCUUUCCAAGUAUUUUAAACUCUGUGUCCUGCUUGUUCAUCCAAAAUCAACAACAACCCCCAUGCCUCAUCUUCUGCCUCCCAACAUCUGCAAGUGCCACCAUGAAGGGAACGGUUUUAUUAACCAAAGUGUGCCACCACCUACUGCUUCACACAGGCGCUAUGCCUGCUGAACCUGUCUUCCACCUGUAAGACUUUUUCUUCAGCUGAGCUGACUUGUGGAGCUAUACAAAUGCCGAAUUUCUCCUGAUACCAAGGAAUAAAAGCUGUGCCAUUUUGAUAGCCUAGCUGGCAUCUCUGCCUUUUGGAAUCUAUUGUUCACGGACAUUGGAGAAAGGACAUAGAAGAGGGGCAUAAGUGUGUUUACUGAAUGGAUGGCUACACUGCCAGAUUAAAUGCAUAUAUGUAAAAUUCUUGUAUAUAUAUAUAUAUACAUAUAAUGUGUUUGGGAUCUGUUAUCUAGAAUACUUGAAACCAGUUUUUUAUUCUGCGGAUAAGAGAACAGUUUGUAAUUUUGAUCACCAAUCUAUAGGUCUACUAAAAAAAAAUGUAGAAAUUAAAAAAAAAAAAAGGAUUGUUUUGCCACAAACAUGGAUAUAUUUGGUCAAGUACAAGGCACUGUACUAUUUUUUAUAAGAAAAUAGAAAUCGGUCAAAAAUACAUUAAUGCAAUAGAAGCAUUUCCUUAAAACUGAUUGUUGGAGAAGGCCUUCCCAUAUUUCAGGGUUUUCUGGAUAACGGGUUUCUACAUAACAGAUCCCAUAUAUAUAUAUAUAUAUAUAUACACAUACACAUAUAUAUAUAUAUAUAUAUAUAUAUAUACAUAAUACAGUAUCUAGUUUAUAAUCACUGUUUCUGAAAGAGGGCUAAUGAAUAUGAGAUUUUUACAUGUUUGGGUGGGAGUGCUGUAUUGCAUUUUUGUCUUAUACCUAUACAUAGAAGCAUUGGUAGGUCCAAUUUGUGUGCUUAUUUUUCUGUUUACAUGUUCUCAUUGAAAAGGCAGAUGAAACAGUUAAAUUGCACCUUUGUUUGCCUUUUUCAUAAUUUUGAAUUAUUCAGAUUGUUGUACACACCAUGUGUUUCUACUUUGCAAACAACAUAACACAGAACAUUUUUGUAGCUAUACAGAGUUCUUUAUAUUGGCAUGAAUUUGUAAGUUGAAAUAUUUAGCUACUUUAUUUGGCUUUCAAAAACAUUAUGAUUUUUAGGUUGCAGAUUCCUGCUACAUCAGAUUGCUUGUCAUGCUAGUGGCUGGUACUACUGCUGCUGUGUUUUUGCUUAGCCAUGUAUAAAGCUUGGUUUCAACAAAGUUGUGGUGGCCAUUGGAGCUUAUGGUUGGUGCCUUGUUACUAUCCCAGCACAUCUAUUUUUAAGUGUUCCUUAACACUGGGGCCAUGAAGUGCUGCCACUGUCAGUUAUCUUGAUCCAGAAGAAGCUUUAGCUACUAAGGACUCAUGUUAAUGGCUGUGUCUUUGUUACCAGAGGCAAAAAUCCAUCAUUUCUGAAAAACAAAGUUUCUCCCAAAGGUAUUUUAGAUGCAAGAAUUGAGCACAAGUUAAUUUUGGAAUAUUAAGAAACUUGCCUGUAGUUUUUUAAAGCUAUAUAACUCAGCUAUCAUUAUAAGGCGCACCUUAUGUACCAUAUUAAUCAUUCCAGGCUUUAAAGGACAUGUAAACCCCCCACAAAAAAAAUGUAAUCCAUGAACAGCCUCUUUCAAAUCUUUAAACACCUGCCACUCCUGGGUUGCUAGUAAGACUGCUGCAUCCUCUAAAUCACUUAGGAUUCCUUCUCCUCUAACCCACUCUUCUUUCUCGAUUACAGUGUUCAAUCCAAGCAUAACUUUUUAUCAAAGUAAGUUCUCACUGUGAAAGCCUACAUUCUUCAUUGCAUGAAUUUUACAGCGCACAUGUGCUGUUUGCAAAUGUAAAUCUCACUGAUGAUGUCAUAGGGAAAAUGGCUGUGGGGUGAAAGCAGCUAUUUGUUUUAGGAAAAUGUCAUUGCACUGUAAAAUGGAGGGGAUAUAUCCAGUACAAAUGAUGUUGUAUAAGUGGGGGAGAUGUGCCCAACUUAGAUACACGGUAGGAAAAUGUAGGGUUUACAUGUCCUUUAACUUAAUGUUAGUGUCUUUGCUCAGAGCAUAUAACAAAAUCAUUUUUUAGCUCACCUAGAAAAUUUGAACAUUAAAAUAUUUUUUUAGUCAAGUUCCACAUAUGACAUUAUUUGCACAUAAUUAUUGCAGAAAGGCAAUUAACUGGUGCAGUUUGAUAUAAAAUUUGCUGCAUAAAGACAAAAUACUGCUGUAGGCAUAAAAGAAGAAUAUCAGCUAGCCUUUGAAGUUCAGAUUGCUUGAGCAAUCAUAAAUAGGGUCCUUAGAGUGUGUGGGUGAGAUAUAGCUUUUUGCAAGAAUAGCAGAUAUGCUUUGCACAUUUUUUUCCCUUUGGUUUCUGAAUAUUUAGGUUUUUGGUGUAUGACAUGAGUGGUAUAAUGAAUGCUGAGUUGCUAUGGGCUCUUGACAAUCAUCCAGGUAGCUUGGUCCAGUAGAAAAAAAUAUUGUUUUAAUUUCUUAUACCUGGCAGCUCUAUGCUAAUAUUUGUGAGAAGUCACACGGAAAUGUUUUAUACUUACAUAUUCUGUUAGUCUGUGUUUGCAUAUACACACACAAAGACAUGAGUAUCAAAUAAGACCUGCCUUCAGUUUAUGCUUUAACUUUGCAGAUUUUUUUUAUGUAGGAUAGUUUAUCUGUUUCUUUCUGAUGUUGCAUAAAAAAUUGCAAACCUGCUUUUUUGGGGGGAGUUCGAAAUAACAUCAUUUUUGUCAAGUUAUUUCGUUUUGAUGUUUCAGUAGCCCUUUAAGUGCUUAAAUGCCCGAAACACUUUUAUGCUAAAUGCCAUAAACUAUCCAGUGAGUGUUUUUGAAGUGACUUAGGCAAACAAAUGUUAGUCUUACAUAUAUGUGCCAUGUUCAUCAGGAAGCAUGUUGUGGUCUCCUGUGCAUUGUACUUGCCUUAUAAGAGUGCACAUGGAGUACUUCUGAAGGAGCUGUGUUUAUUCUGUAGAAUCACCAACAGAACCCCACCCCCCUAAAUCUUUCAACAUUCCAAUACUAAGCCUUCCAAAAGAAAUUUCAUAGCAGUUGAAAGAGUAAGUCCUAGCUAAAGAGGCAGUAUACCAACUUGUUAACCAUGAGUGUAAAAAAAUCUGUUUUUUGUUAUUUCUUGAGUUAAACUGGACAAACAGAGAAAUUAAAAUUACUCCAUGUUUCGUCCUUGCAAAGCAGAUGAUAAGAUUUAGAUUACCACUAUACAAAUGUCCUCCAUUUCAUUUUUGUUAGCAGGAAUCCAUUAUGCAGAGGGGUAAUUUGUGCACUGGUAUCUUAAUUUAUACUUCACAGUAAUGAAACAUGGAGUAGUUUCAGUUUCCCUAUUUACCAAAUAACAAAAACAGUAGAUUUUUUUACGAUUAAAACAUGCCCUAUUUAUUGAAUUCAUGUUGAACAACUGCCUUUUUUAAAGGAACAGUAACACCAAAAAAUGUAAAAAUAAAAUAUAAUACACUGAUGCCCUGCGCUGGUAAAAGUUGUAUGUUUGCUUUAGAAACACAACUAUAGCUUAUAUAAAGAAAGCUGCUGUGUAGCCACGGGGGCAGCCAUUCAAGCUAGAAAACAGAAAAGGCAAGAGUAAGGCUCAUGUCCCACAGGAGUUUGAGCAACAAGUUGCUCGUUUUGUCUCUACAUAGAGAAGAAUAUAAAUCGCCAGUACCUAAACAGACAAUACAACUUCAAAUCACCUAUUGCUCUGAAUAGCUAUGAGACCCGUUUUCAAGCGAUUUUACAAAGAAAGCUUUGUCAUUCAAAAUUAUUGGAAUCACUGAAAGUAAAACCCACUGAGCAGGAAGUCGCUGCGAUUUCCAAAUUGCACAGAAUGUAAUUCCUAAUUGUGGGCAGGGAAUAUGACACCUGGAUUUGUGGGAUAUAGAAUCACUCCGUAGUGGAAAUCUCUAGUAAUCACUUGUUAGGAAAAGGAACUCUUUUUAAAAAUCACAGCGACUAAAUCUCGCCAUGGGACAUUAGCCUUACAGGAGAAAAGGCAAGAGUUUAGCAGAUAACAGAUAAGCUCUAAAAAUACAAUUGGAAUCUACACAGCUUGAAUGGCUGCACAGCAACAUUGUAUAAACUGUAGUAGGGUUUCUGAAGCAGAUAUGCAACCUUUACCAGUGCAGGGCAAUAGUACAUAAUGUGUUUAUUAUUUUUAUGCACUUUAAAUUUUUUGGUGUUACUGUUCUGUUAACGCUUAUGGCAUACACAAGAAGUUUGAUUGCUGCAAGAAUUUCAAAUAGUGCUGCUGUGCCAUGUUACUAAACUUGAUAUGUAAAUGAUUAAAUUGGUAUCAGUAUGGAUUACAUUUAGCUCUUAUCUAGUCUUGCAAAGAAGUUUGGUCACACUUAACAGGAGGUGAGCUGUACAAUUAUAUAUUCCUCAAACGUACUGUCUUGCUUUUAUGUUCAAUAUUUAGGAUGCAAGAUAGUCUAUAAUACUGUGAUCUCGUAUUAGUACACUAAAUUUUAAUGGCUGCUAAUACUGGUUUAGUGGUAUAGUAUUUCCCAGCAAAAUAUUUAACCUUGAACGUUAAACUGACCAUAUUAGAUUUUAUAAUUCUAUAGUGAAACAAAAUAUCCAGUUAUAAUUUUUACAUUCAUGUUAGUAGGCCAAAGAGUUUUUUUCCUUCUUGAUUCUGUCACAAAGGCUGACAUAUUUAAUACAGCAUUGGUAAGUGGAUCAUGUCAGAUAAGCCUGUUUUAGUGGAGAUAAAAAUGCUAAUGGACUUCCAAGAUUUUAUAAAAUUGUAAUUUACAUACCCAGUAUAAAAUCCCUAAAAUUGCAGAGCCCAUUCUCACACAUUUUACAGCAUGGCUGUAUUGAUUAAUAUUACCUAUACCAUUAAUUACCUUACAUAUAGACAUUCAUCAUUUAAACCAUUAUCCAUAAGCCUGUAUACUUCCAUCUUUUCCCUAGAAAGAGCAUGCCUUAUUAAACUUGGGUUUCAAACUUUUUUUUUCGAGUAACUGGCAAAAUAAGCACUGUUAUUUUUGUAUAAAAAUGACUAAAUCAAUGAGAUUGUGUUGUGCAUGAUAUUAAAGAAAUGGUGAUUUUAUUUUUAUUCAAUUAAAUAUUUAAGCACUAUGUACUGACAAAAGAAAAUGCCCUCAGUAUGGGGCCACCACGUUAUACUGUGUAUUUGCAUUACACCAUGUAAAUGUUCCUCUUCUUAACACAGCCUGUGCAUGUUACUCUUGUGACUCUGGAUCGUUGGAAAAAAAAUACAAAAAAAUGUAUCGGAA